AUGCGUGAGCUCGUGCACGUUCAGGGAGGACAGUGCGGCAACCAGAUCGGUGCAAAGUUCUGGGAGGUCAUUGCGGAUGAGCACGGCAUUGACCCAACCGGAACAUACCAUGGUGACUCCGACUUGCAGCUUGAACGCAUCAAUGUAUAUUUCAACGAAGCCACGGGUGGGCGCUAUGUGCCUCGCGCGGUCUUGAUGGAUCUUGAGCCAGGAACUAUGGACAGUGUUCGUGCCGGACCUUUUGGCCAGCUGUUCCGUCCAGACAACUUUGUCUUCGGCCAAACUGGAGCAGGAAACAACUGGGCUAAAGGUCACUACACUGAGGGAGCUGAGUUGAUCGACUCCGUGCUUGAUGUCGUUCGCAAGGAGGCCGAAGGUUGUGAUUGCCUUCAGGGAUUUCAGCUGUGCCAUUCCCUUGGUGGAGGCACUGGUGCAGGCAUGGGAACACUCUUGAUUUCCAAGGUGCGAGAAGAGUACCCAGACCGUAUCAUGGAAACAUUCUCCGUGAUUCCUUCACCAAAGGUGUCGGACACGGUGGUGGAACCAUACAACGCGGUCUUGAGCUUUCAUCAGUUGGUGGAGAACUCGGAUGAGUCCUUCUUGCUUGACAACGAAGCAUUGUACGAUAUUUGCUUCCGCCGCAUGUCCACCAAGGAGGUUGACGAACAAAUGUUGAACGUUCAGAACAAGAACUCUUCCUACUUUGUUGAGUGGAUCCCAAACAACAUCAAGGCAUCCGUGUGCGACAUCCCACCAAAGGGUCUCAAGAUGGCAGUUGCAUUUGCGGGCAACUCCACUGCGAUUCAGGAGAUGUUCAAGAGGGUGGCAGAGUACUUCACUGCCAUGUUCCGCCGAAAGGCUUUCUUGCACUGGUACACUGGUGAGGGUAUGGAUGAGAUGGAGUUCACUGAGGCCGAGUCCAACAUGAACGAUUUGGUCUCUGAGUACCAGCAGUACCAGGAUGCCACUGCUGAAGAGGGAGGACAGUGCGGCAACCAGAUCGGUGCAAAGUUCUGGGAGGUCAUUGCGGAUGAGCACGGCAUUGACCCAACCGGAACAUACCAUGGUGACUCCGACUUGCAGCUUGAGCGAAUCAAUGUAUAUUUCAACGAAGCAACUGGUGGGCGCUAUGUGCCUCGUGCCGUCUUGAUGGAUCUCGAGCCAGGAACUAUGGACAGUGUUCGUGCCGGACCUUUUGGCCAGCUGUUCCGUCCAGACAACUUUGUCUUCGGCCAAACUGGAGCAGGAAACAACUGGGCUAAAGGUCACUACACUGAGGGAGCUGAGUUGAUCGACUCCGUGCUUGAUGUCGUUCGCAAGGAGGCCGAAGGUUGUGAUUGCCUUCAGGGAUUUCAGCUGUGCCAUUCCCUUGGUGGAGGCACUGGUGCAGGCAUGGGAACACUCUUGAUUUCCAAGGUGCGAGAAGAGUACCCAGACCGUAUCAUGGAAACAUUCUCCGUGAUUCCUUCACCAAAGGUGUCGGACACGGUGGUGGAGCCAUACAACGCGGUCUUGAGCUUUCAUCAGUUGGUGGAGAACUCGGAUGAGUCCUUCCUGCUUGACAACGAAGCAUUGUACGAUAUUUGCUUCCGCACUUUGAAGCUGACCACACCAACAUACGGCGACCUGAACCACUUGGUGUCUGCUGCUAUGAGUGGUGUGACCUGCUGCUUGCGUUUCCCAGGACAGCUGAACUGCGACUUGCGCAAGAUUGCAGUGAACCUUGUGCCAUUCCCACGUUUGCACUUCUUCAUGACUGGCUUUGCACCAUUGACCUCCCGUGGUUCUCAGCAGUAUCGUGCACUGACCGUGCCCGAGCUGACCCAGCAGAUGUUCGACGCCAAGAACAUGAUGUGCGCUGCUGAUCCUCGUCACGGCCGCUACUUGACGGCAGCCGCCCUGUUCCGAGGCCGCAUGUCCACCAAGGAGGUUGACGAGCAAAUGUUGAACGUUCAGAACAAGAACUCUUCCUACUUUGUUGAGUGGAUCCCCAACAACAUCAAGGCAUCCGUGUGCGACAUCCCACCAAAGGGUCUCAAGAUGGCAGUUGCAUUUGCGGGCAACUCCACUGCGAUUCAGGAGAUGUUCAAGAGGGUGGCAGAGUACUUCACCGCCAUGUUCCGCCGAAAGGCUUUCUUGCACUGGUACACUGGUGAGGGUAUGGAUGAGAUGGAGUUCACUGAGGCCGAGUCCAACAUGAACGAUUUGGUCUCUGAGUACCAGCAGUACCAGGAUGCCACUGCUGAAGAGGAGGGUGAGUUUGAUGAGGAAGCGGGUGAAUAUGAUGGAUGA